UCGACGAUCGAGAGUGCCAGCAGUAGACAAGUAGACUUUUCGUUCUGAACGUUUCUGCUCAAGUAAACAAAACUGACAGAAAUGUCAUAUUUUGAACAUUUUUAGAAGGAAAAAAAUCUCACGAUGUCAGAAGAGAGAAAGUCAGUGUGCGUUGUUGUCGUUGGUGAUGUUGGACGGAGCCCUCGCAUGCAAUAUCAUGCACUAUCGUUGGCAAAAGAAGGCUUUGACGUCGACCUUAUAGGUUAUGCUGGAUCUGAGCCUGUACCUGAACUGAGAGAGCAUCCAAAUGUUCGUUUUAUUUACAUGUCACCUUCCCCUGACAUAAAGAGUGCUGCCUUCCUGCCAUUCAAAGUUUUGUGGCAGUUUUGUACACUUCUAGCCGCUCUGUUUUGUAAACCAAAAUCUCACUAUGUUUUACUGCAAAAUCCCCCUGCUGUUCCUGCCAUGAUAGUUUGCUGGUUCUACUGUUUUUGUGUCAAUUCGUCUUUUGUUGUUGACUGGCAUAACUAUGGGUUUUCAAUCAUGGCCCUCUCUCUCGGUGAAAACCAUGUUCUCGUACGGAUUUACCGGUGGAUUGAGUUUUACUUCGGAGCAAAGGCUGCUGCUCACCUCUGUGUGACAAAAGCCAUGAGGGAGGACUUAAAAAAGAACUGGAACAUUAAUGCUACUACUCUGUACGAUCGUCCUCCUGAAAUUUUCCGGCCAAUUUCUAUCAAAGAAGAACAUGAACUAUUUCUUAGGCUUGGUGUGGAUUUUGAAGAUUUUCGCAGUGGCUUGAAAGAAACAAGAUUCACCCGAGCCACUCAAGAUGGCCAAUAUGAACUUCGUGAUGAUAGACCAGGUCUUCUUGUAUCAAGCACUAGUUGGACUGAGGAUGAAGACUUCGGCAUUUUGCUUGAGGCUCUCGAGGCAUAUGAAACAAAGCGAGCUUCUGGUAAAUCAGGACUGCCUCCUUUGGUUUGUGUCAUUACUGGAAAGGGGCCAAUGAAACACUAUUAUUGCAAUCUUGUUGCUGGUAUGAAGUGGCGUCAUGUCCAAGUAAUCACUCCAUGGUUGCAGCCGCAGGAUUAUCCAUGUAUUCUUGCUAGUGCUGAUCUAGGUGUGUGCCUCCAUACCUCAUCAAGUGGCCUGGACUUACCCAUGAAAGUUGUGGAUAUGUUUGGUUGUUGCUUGCCUGUGUGUGCCAUCAAGUUCAAAUGUUUGGAUGAAUUGGUGAAACAUGAGCAGAACAGCCUGGUUUUCAGGGACUCUGAAGAACUGUCACAGCAAAUUAUCAAUUGGUUUCACAAUUUCCCUGCUCCAAAUGCAAAGGUCUCCUCAUUUCGAGCCGAACUUCAACAAUUCCAGGCUCUUCGGUGGCAUGAUAAUUGGAUGUUCAAUGCUUAUCCCAUUUUUCGUGACUAGAUUGAUGAAAAAUAUGUGAAAAUUAACUUAAUUUCAGAUAAAGCAAAUCAAGCUGCUUCCCUGUCUUAAAAUGUUAAAAAUAAUAAGCACACCAGCCAAAACAGUGAGAUUUUUUUCUUUCCUUUUUUUUGUUGUGUGUGUGUGUGUGCGUGUAUCAAACAUGCAGACUUUCUAAUAGGUUGAUUGGUGAUCUAAUGAUGUAUAGUUUUACAAAUUUGACUCAAACAUAUAUCAAAAUUUCCUCUCUGUUUAAGAACUAUUCUAAAGUCGAUGCAUAGUCUUUUUGUAAGUUGUAUACACCCCUCUUAGUGUUGUGCUGUCACAUAGACAUUCCAUUUAUCAAAGACAGGAGUUCUGUUUUUAAACCGGUGAGUCAUGUGGUCAUGUAAUAGACAUCACUUCUUUGUGGGCUCUUUCCCCUGAGUACCUCCAAUAGGUAAAUCUCUUGAGACACUUAAGUUAAGGCUGAUGUAGUAAACAUGAAAUCUCCUUAAUUUUUCCUGUAUCCCAUAUCCCAAUUUAUAUUUUAAAAAUCUUCCAAUUUUCCUGCAUUGUACUUCUUUUAAAUGAUAAUACUGAAAGAUAUUAAUGUGAUUUUAAUUCAUAGUUAGUCAGGUAAUAAUUCCAAUUACUGUACCUAGUGGUGGCAAGGAUCAUGUAGGCCAGAUCCUUCUCUUUUUCAUUCUUUCCUUUUUUUUACAUUUGGAGAAAUUAUUACAGCACAUCCAAAAAUAUUUGAAACUUUGAUGGCUGAAGACUGCAUUUAAGUCUGUCUUUAAUUUGCUUCUAGUCUGUUUCCCUAUGUGCCAAGUGCCAAUGUUUCUGAUAAUAAAAGAGAACCAUGUAAAUCGUUGAAAAUGUGGCACUAAGAUACCCUUUCAAAUUUAGACUGGAAUUUAGUUCCUAUGAUUAAAAGUAGUGUUGUGAGUGGUGACUUCUCCUCCUUGAAGACCAUAAGUAACAAUCAUAAUCAAAGACUUAGCUUCUAAGUUUCAGUUGAAACUCAUGUAAGCGGACCUUUUAUAAUAAUUCCCAUCAGUGAUGUAGUUCAGGUGGCGUGAAAAUAUUACGUCAUCACUUGGGGGGGGGGGGGGCUCUGCCGACGGUGAGGUAAACCGAUGAUGGACGGGGGAGGGGUCAGCAAGAGGUCUAAAAGAAGUGACGUAAUAUUUGCACGCCGCCUUAAGAAAAAUUAUUGAAGAAAAAAUAACUUGCCAAAAUGGGGAAAAAUUCCAAUUUUACUAUGCAUGUAAUGCAGUAUGUAGACAGUAGAUAUUUCUACUUUUAAGCACAAUGGCCCCGUCCAUAUUUUUAAAUUUAAAACAUCUGUGGGCGUUGGCAGAUAAUUAAUGUCUCACACAAAGCUAAAUCUACUUUUAUGUAGUAUAUUUUUAAUUUGUUUUGUCUUUUGAAUGACUGAUUAAAACCACAGAAACCUUUCCUUUUUUUGGGGAUUAGAGUUUAGAUUUGUGUAGGCUGUCAAUCUCAUUGUGAAAUCUUUCUUCUUGUAACUCAGCAAAUGUACCAGUGUUAAUUGAUGUCUGUUCUUAUUCUUUUUUAACUCAAUUUUACAGGAGCCAUCAUUAGAAAAGAUUUUGAAUAAAAUACUUUAUUUACAUGUUUUA